CCAUCAAUGAUGCACGACUUCCGGUGGAGGAGGUGACGGCUGCGACGAUUUGGUAGAAAUAUUUUCACGUUUGACCCAGAUUUGUUUCACUAAAACAUCCAUUUUGUGAUUUUAUUGUAAAACAGCAGCCAUGUCUUUAGAAGAUCCGUUUUUUAUGGUCAGAGAGGAGGUGCAAAAGGCCCUGAAGACAUCCAGGGGCUUAUAUGACCGUUGGUGUGAGCUGUUGGAGGUUGGGGGUACAGGAGCCAGUGAGGAGUAUGAAUGGACCCUGAAUGAACUCAGAAAUAGUUUACGCAGCAUUGAGUGGGACUUGGAAGAUCUGGAGGAGACAGUUGGAAUAGUUGAGAAGAACCCCAGGAAAUUUAAAAUUGGACCUGGUGAAAUACAGGAAAGGAGAAAAUUUAUAGAAAAUGCAAGAUCAUCAGUAAAACAAAUGAAAGAUCACUUAGCCAACCCAAGAGUGAAAAUCAAAGACAAUUCCAGAGAAAAACAGUCACUGUUGCAUUCCAAUGGCUCUGGCCAACAGCAAAACAGAUAUCAUAGAUUGGACAAUGAUAUAGUGGAAUCAAACCAGAGAUUUAUUGAUGACAUGAAUCAACAGCAGCAGGUGAUGAUCAAAACACAAGAUACCCACCUGGAGAACAUAGGGACCAGUGUAGGAGUCUUGAAAGACAUGAGCCACAGAAUACACAAUGAAUUGGAAGAGCAAUCAGUGAUGUUAGAUGAAUUUGGUCAUGAAAUGGACAAUGCAGAAUCUAAAAUGGACACGACAAUGAAGAAGAUUGCAAAAGUGUUACACAUGUCAAAUGAUAGAAGACAGUGGUGUGCCAUUGGGAUAUUACUUGUGAUUCUCAUCAUCAUCAUCAUUCUGUUUGCAACUCUACCAUGAAACACCAAUUGUGGAGAAAAAAUGGAUUUAUGAAAGACUUUUUGCUAUGGAAGACAAAGUAAAAACACAAGUACUGGUGAAGGACAUGUGCAGCCAUCUAGUGUUCUGUUUAUGAUUCUUCCAGUGGCGAUGGCUAGUAUUGCAAGUAUUGUCCAUGCCUUACUAGCAGACAAACUGAGCAUUUUGUCCAUGAAGUGGCGAAAUCUGGUGGCAGGGCUCCAAAACUCCCCGCAGCCAUCUGUAUACAGGUCAAAAUGUACAUAUUACUCAUUGUAACAGUCAAAGAGAGGACAGACUGACUGCCAUACCACUCUUUAUUAUCUUCAGUAAGGAGAAAACGGGCGUGUGAAGCUCACAAUGUGCAAUUGCAGACAAAAGCCCUGCUCACAUGGGUUCUAAGUUAGAAUCAUUUCAGUAGUAUAAAGCCCUAUAUGACCACCUUGCAUCAAGUUAAUUUGGGGCAAAUUUAUAUCUGACCAUCUCUGGCCACAGGGAUCGCUCUAGUUUAAUUACAAAAUUGAAUAAAAAGGCCCCAAUGAUGAUCAAGCUGUCUACUCUUAUGUAACUUCCCUGCCUUGACUCGACCCUAAAAAGCUGGCACAGCAGCAGAGGGGAUAAUUUCAGGGUUGAGUGUUAUCACAGCUGGGUAUUUGAAGUAAGAAGGACUCCUUGCUUGACCUAAUUUUUAAAGCUAUAAUUACAUAACGUAAUACGGACAGGGAUACACGCUAUUCAACACCUAGGCAUGAAAACAUCCCCAUUAAAUGCAAAGGAAAUGUCUGGUGAAAAAAGCGUUCAUUCAGAUCCUCUCGUAUCUCACAGGUGUCUUUUCAUAAAUUUAGUUACCGACUAGACUGCAGCGACAUCUGUGGCCGGGGAGUAAGGUCCCAUUCCUAUAGAAAUUUACCUUUGAUUUAGGUAAGUUGAUCCAACCCCGUAGGGACUCUGGCUGAGUGCAACCAGCUUAACUGAAGGACGCGCCUCCUUGUUUCCAAUGUACUUCUAUACUCAACAACUUUUCUGUAUUUUACUUAAUGCCAGUAGGAGGUCUGUCAUUCAAUUAAGCUGACUGCUCUCAGCAGGAGUCUCUGCAGAGUUGGAUCGAGCUGUGUAGACCCAUGGUGUCUUUGGGAAAGGGACUAAGGCACUAUAAGGCCCCCACCCCCUGUUAUGCUGACCUGUGCACACAGAAACUGACAACAGGCCUUUUUGCAUUUUACAGCUGAUCCCUCUGAUCAGACAUAGAGGCAGUAGGAGCGUUAAAAAUUCACUUGGCUGUUUAGUACAAUGUAAUAUUUUGUAUUUAGAGGCACAAAGUGUGUGACCCAUUUAAUGAAUAUACAAGUCAUGCACCAUAGUAUGUAUUAAAGUAUUAUGGGACACUGACAUUUUAUUCUAGAUACCAGUAGGCAUAAAUUAGAAUAUCAGUUGUUUUAUUCAUGAAUAUGUUCAAGUUUAGUGAAAUAAAUGAUUUCGGACUCUUGUUUUAAAUGUUUAACAUCAAAGACUUCCUGCUUAUCCUCUAUUUCAUAUCUUUUAUUUUUCAAUUCUUAUUAUAAUGAUAAUAUCCUGGCAUUCUUAAACAUUCUCAUGUUAUAUUGCAGUAUACAUUAAAUGAAUAAUUAAGUUUAAACUGAGGUGCAUUAUUUGGUAAUUUGGGUGUUAGAAUGACACAGCACACAGAGACAUUUUCAGUGCUGAAAAUUUUUCAACAUGUGGGCAUGACCUAAUCUUGGCAGCCUGAAUUCCAAGGAGCAAAAUAUGUUGAUUGACAGUAUGAAAGUCCCAAAAUAAUUAUCUGGUUUUGACCCUAUCUAAUUUUUUCCCUUCAAAGGAGGGAAGAUCCUUACUGAUCAGGCCAGGCGCAAAUUGCCUAAAUGUAGGUCACUGACCUUGUUUAUGAAGGAUUUCGUGCUGUAACCCAAACCAUUACCUUUUGUACCUUUAUAAAAAAUAGUUGUUAAGAGAAACUGAUUUUUAAUACUGUAUGCAUAAUACAUGAAUAUGAUAUACUCAACAGUCCUAAUG